GGGAGGGGGCGUGGAAUUUAACUUCUUGUUUGUUUUACUUUUCCACAAAGCAUAGCUGACAAAGUUGGAGGGUCAAAGUAAUCUAACAUAGCUCUAACGACAACAACAACAAGAAGAAGAAGAAACCAGAUAUACGGCAAUCGGCGAUGGAUCCUCGCUCUCCUUACAUUCACCAUACCAGGUACGUUCCUCGCCAUCCUCAACCUCCGCCUCCUGCUCCGCCUCAACCUCAACCUCAGCCUCAGCCUCAGCCUCAAUCGCAUCCUCAUCCUGAUCAUCCUUUCCCCAAUAAUCCUAAUGUCUAUGCACCUCACCAUUCUAGCCUCCUCACUGCACCUCCUCCUCUCCGACCACAACCGCGUCCUCCUCCUCCACAACCUUCCUACCACUCUCUCCCUGCACCACCUCAAUUCAAUCCUCAUAAUUCCCAAUUCUCCUACAAUCCUAAUUCAUUUAAUUCUAAUCACCCCAGAUCACACCCUGAUGUUCAUAAUUUCCCCCAAUCGCCUCGCUUUAUGCACCACAAACCUUUCGACGAUGAUCUUCCGCGUCGAUUACCUGAUUAUAUACGUGAUGACAGACCUGAUUUGUGGGACUCACCUAGGUUUUUGCCAGAUAGAUGGCCCUCUAGACCCUACCCUCCUGCUAACUUGGAGGCGGACUCAUAUCGCCGCCCUCUAGAUAACCAGCCCAUGUCUCCUGUGAAGAUUAGGCGUGAAUUAGAAGGUAAUUCUAGGUUUGUAGGGGAACAUAAACAGAGAGAAGAACAUAUACUCGGUCGUGGUGAUGACAAUUAUCAUCGUCGGGGUCAAUUUGGAUCCACUUCAAAUAGGUCUUCAAGGGAUUUUCGAAUGGUAUCGAAUCAAAUGAAUCACAGUUCUCCUGGUGAUAAUCUGCGCGGUUUGCCCUAUGAUGAUGGAAUGGACGAGAAUCAGAGAUGGGUACAUGACAGAGAGGUUAACGAAGAUGCGCAUUUUUCCUUUAUUGAAAGGGGGAGUAAUGAAAUUGGUGACGCUGCUGGAAUUCGAGUUGCCGCUGGGAAACGUGAGCAUUAUAGGUGCAGAGAAGUGAAUGCACAGUUGGAAAGACAUAGUAGUAAGGGAAGUAGAGAGGAUAAUUAUGAGUUUAGUCGCAUUUCAAGGAAGCCCCCGCAAAAAAAGAGUGUUCUUCUUAGGAUUCAAAAGCCUAAUUAUAGGAACAGAGAGGAUGAAAGGUUGCAUUAUUUGGGUUAUUUGGAUGAUAACAAAUAUAGUUCUUUUAGGGGUAAAGAACAAAAUAUGUAUCAGAAUCAUGACAUGGAAGAGCAAGUUAGAGAGGGAAGCCCUGUAGAACUUGAUGUGUCUUUCAAGUCUAAUUCACUGGUAGCGAAGGCUAUUGCUACUCCAAGUUCUGCAGGUGUUUCUGAUUUGCACGUGACGCCUAGGAAUGAGAAAGUAAGGAAAGUAUUGAUCCUUAAUAAGGAUAGUUCAGGUUCAUCAGCAAUUAAACCCAGUGCAGGUACAGGAAAAUUAGAAAAUGCUGCAUUAGCAACAACUUCCAGUUCGGACAAGGACCUACUACAGCCCAAAGUGGAAGCUGCAGCUUCUGGUAUUGGUAAUGUGCAUGAUAGUAGUUCACUGCCUGGUUCCAGUGGGACUAUAACCUCAGUUGAAAAUAGUAAACUGGAGACAUCUACUAAGAGUUCUGUGUCAAAUAAAGGGGGAACUAAUGUUAUUUCUGGUAAAACAUCUUCUCUCAAGGUUGCAAAGAAGAAAAAAAUAGUGAAGAGAGUAGUGAAAAAAGUUGUAAAUCCUUUGAGUUCUUCAAGUUCCCAGCCAACUACAAAGUGUGAUGGAUCUCUGACAGCAGAUGGCUUUGCCUAUGGUCUACCUGCAUCUUCUGAACCUGAAAAGAGUGUUGCUGAAGCUUCAGUUGACAUUGUCAUUCCACAGCCUCACUCAAAUGAAACAAUUAUGAUGCCUGAUACUGAGAAUGACAGAGUUGAGAGAUUUGCUAAGAUCAUGGUAUCUGACAAUGACACAAUUACUGAUUCUGGUGGAUUGUGUGUACCUAAUAUAAAGAGAAAGAGGAGCCAUUCAUCUUCUCCUCUGGGUUCUUCUGGUCGCAAAGAAAGCAAAAUCAAUGAGAAAAUGGCAAAUGGUAAUUCUGCCAACUACUUGCAUGUCUCAAGUACUGACAAGGAUUUUGGUAAAUUGCUAGAUGGAACUGCUAGUUCUGACAUUGAUAGUCUUGAACCCGCCAGCAAGCAACUUUGUCUGGAUGCAGACUCAUUAUUGCUUGAGAAUAAUGCAGCAAGUGGAUCUCCCAAGGAUUUGGAAAUGAAAACUCAUUCUGCUAAAGGCAAUACUGAUUUUGGUUUCUUAAGUUCUGAGGAAAUUAAGAUUCAUGAGGGCCCUGCAAGUUCAUGUAAUACGACCUUGGGGUGUGAGUCUGACAGUGGUUUAAUAUCGGAUGGAGUUACAGUUUCAGACAUUAGGACGACAGAUGUUAGAAGCAAGGAGGCUUGUAUAAAUCAGGGUAAUCAUUUAGUGGAGAAUGGUGUUGUAGAUCAGUUUCUAAAUGCUAAUUUUUCUGCAGGAAGUGGCAAAAUUUUCUGGCAAUCAUAUUCAGGUGAAAGGACAAUUCAGAAUGUUGCCCCACAUGCGAGCUGUUCCAAUGAAGUAGGUACUCAUUUUCAUUCUGACAGUGGUCAUACUAUUGCAGGAGAAAUUAAUUUUUCCUGCCAUGGGACUAUUGAUGAUGUUUGCAAGAGGCCAUCUUCAGAUAGGGUUAGUUUGUCACUUGAGAAUGUUCCUACAGGAGGAUCACCGAAUUGCAUGAUUUCUACUGAUGGCAGCAAGGAGGAUACACCUAGCAUUAAGAACAGCAAUACAAAUAUUGAAAUGCCUCAGUUACAUAUUUCAAAAUCGGAGGUGAAUAACUCAUAUUUAAAGCCUGUAAACAUGGUGACCUCUGGAACUUGGGUGGAUACAACCUUAAGGCUGUCUUUCAAAGAUCCUACUCCAACAGAGUUUACAGUUUCUGGUGGUGGCUCUGAGAAUGUUGGGUUGCAAGGUUGUAAAGAUGGAAUUAAUGAUUUUUACCAGAGAAGUUCACCGGAUGUGAUGGAGGCCAAUGUGUCAGUUAACAGAACUAUUAAUGUUGGUCCAGAUGGGACAUCACCCAAGAAUCAAAAGAAAAGAAAAUUCUCUUGUUCUCAACUGGAGUCGACUAAUCAAUUGACUCGUUUAAUGGCAUCUUACGAGUCAGAGGGACCUCUAAGUGCAGACAUCUCAGAAUUAGCUCUAGAAGUGUCUUCCAAUUCUGGCAAUGGUCUGAUGCAACCAGAAGUUGAUACCUCAGUGUGUGCCAUGAAUCAUUUGUUCACUCCUGAUUUCCCACCUUUGCAGAAAGAGACUGUACCACUUGAUAAUUGUUCUGUGGGAGGAUAUCAUGGCACUGUGGAUUCACUUAGAGAUGGUAAGCAGCUUGCAGAUGCAACUCUAAUUAUGGCUGGAAGUAGUCAUCAAAGCAACUCUAUUCAUAUAGAAAGUGCUGAGGCAGAAACAAUGGAUUUAGAUGCUGGAGAAGAACAAGAUAUUGUUGACAGUGGGACAGCUCAGUGCCAAUUUCCUUCAGAACUUCGGUUCCCUGACUCAAAUGAAAGAUUGCCUAGGGCAGAUGUGGAGAAUGAUUUUCAACAUAUGAAGAAUGAUUUACCUUCUAUGUCGAGCUAUUUGUCUUCAUUAAAGGAUGGUAAUGAAGUUUCUACUAUCAACUCUAGUGGUGAAGCUAUGGGGUUUUUGUCUGAUACUUUAUCUGACAUGGAUUGUCUUGAAACAUUGCCUGAUAUCCCAGGCACAUCACACAGCCAACUUUCCAUUGAAGAGGUAGUUAUGGAUCAAGAAAUCCUACUUGAGAAGCAUGCAAUUCAAGGUGGUUCUAAUUUAUCUGUUGGUACUACUGGUUCACCAAAUACUGAAAUUAAUUCUAACUCCAACCACGGAGUAGAAAAUGAUUUCUCUUUUAGUGGGAAGAAUGGACUUUUGCCAUCACAGAAUUCCAGAAAUAGUACUCAAAUUGCGAAUACCAUGAGUGGAGGGCACAGGAGGAAGAUUCAGCCUGCUCAAGCUGUCUCUAAGAUUUUUCCAGGUCGCUCAUCUGUGGUAUUUACUGCUUCAAAAAACACAGCCUCUUCAACCCAUAUCUCAAAACCUCGAACAUGGCACAGAACGGAAAAUCCAUCUACUUUGGGUCAGCCGGGAAACAAGGCUUUUUCAAGCACUGCUCCUACACAAUGGAAAUUUCCUAAAAAGAUCACAAAGUUCCAGAACACCUCUUACAUUCGUAAGGGUAACAGUCUUGUCAGAAAACCUACUACAGUGGCUGCUCAAUCCCAGAGUUCUCAUGGUUUGAGUUCUUCUGUUAAUCGGAUGAACUCUUUGGGUACAGAUGAACUGAAGAAGAAUGCUGGAUCUGACACUAGAACAGGUGUUGCUGAGCCAUCAAAUUUUGCACGAACAGGAGUGACUGCUGCUUUUGAGAGGCCCAGAACACCACCAUUAACCUGUGCCACUAAAUUGCCAAACCAUGCUACCAAUUCUUUGGGGGAUUGUAAAUCUUCCCUGCCAGGAGAGCCUCUUCAUAAUUGUGCUGUUGAAACUGCAUCAGAUAAUAUGAAUUCUGCAGUAAGUAAUGGUGUGCUAAAGUCUUCUGAGAAUGCAAUAGUAAUUUCAGAAAAUCCCAUUACUCAAACUGGCCAGAUUAACAAUUUGGAUUGCCAUAAUGAACUAAACGGUGGGAGUGCAGUGUCUUCAAAUGCCAACAAUAUAACAUAUGUUAAACGAAAAUCAAAUCAGUUGGUUGCAGCUUCAAGACCUUGUUCACCGUCUGUUAGAGAUGCUAAUAAUAUCCCGGGCUUACCUUCUGAUGGCUAUUACAAGAGGAGAAAAAAUCAGCUGGUUAGGACUUCAGUAGAAAGCCAUGUUCAACCAACUGUCAUCAUGCCUGAUGAAACUGUAAAUCCUGAUGGGCAAACUCCUCAUAACAUAACUUCCAGAAGAAGUUCGAGUAAGAGACGAUCUCGAAAAGCCAUGACAAAGUCAUGUAAACCUUCAAAGUUCUCUUUCGUCUGGACAUUACACAGUGCUCAAUUGUCCAAUGGUGAUGAUUCAUUGCACCGUCAGAAGUUCUUGCCUCACUUGUUUCCCUGGAAAAGAGCAACAUACUGGAGAAGUUUCACGCCAAAUACAGCUACCAAUCCCAGUAAUUCUUCCUUAUCAACAAUUAGUAGGAAAUUGCUUCUAUUGAGAAAGAGGGAUACUGUUUACACAAGAUCAAAACACGGAUUUUCACUUCGAAAGUCCAAGGUAUUAAGUGUGGGUGGAUCUAGUUUAAAAUGGUCAAAAUCCAUUGAAAAGCGAUCGAAGAAAGCUAAUGAGGAAGCUACCUUGGCAGUUGCUGAAGCAGAGAAGAAGAAAAGAGAACAGAGUGAUGCUUCAGGUGCCGUUUCUGGGACAAAGAACAGAAAUUGUUCUUCUCAUAAGUCAGUUCAUAGUAUAAAUCUGCACCCAGGUGAACGGAUAUUCAGGAUUGGUUCAUUUCGCUACAAAAUGGAUUCCUCAAGGCGGACCCUUCAGAGGAUAUCGGAUGAAGAUUCAUCACGUUCGGCUGCUUUUCAAACAGAAAAGGAUUCCAAGAGACCUUACGUUCCAAGGAGAUUAGUGAUUGGCAAAGAUGAAUAUGUCCGAAUUGGCAAUGGCAACCAACUUGUUAGAGAUCCAAAGAAACGAACACGCAUUUUGGCAAGUGAGAAAGUUCGAUGGAGUUUGCACACUGCUAGAUCACGAUUGGCUAGAAAGCGAAAGUAUUGUCAAUUUUUCACAAGAUUUGGGAAAUGCAACAAAGAUGAUGGAAAAUGCCCUUACAUUCAUGAUGCCUCCAAAAUUGCUGUCUGCACAAAGUUUCUAAAUGGUUUAUGUUUUAAUUCAGACUGCAAAUUGACUCACAAGGUGAUUCCAGAAAGGAUGCCAGAUUGCUCUUACUAUUUGCAAGGUCUUUGCACCAAUAAAAAUUGCCCAUACAGGCAUGUGCAUGUGAAUCCAAAUGCAUCUACUUGUGAAGGAUUUUUGAGGGGAUAUUGUGCCGAUGGCAAUGAGUGUCGGAAGAAGCACAGCUACGUCUGCCCCGCAUAUGAAGCAACAGGAUCCUGUCCUCAAGGGUCGAAAUGCAAGCUUCAUCAUCCCAAAAACAGAAGCAAGGGAAAGAAAAGCAAGCAAUCAAGAGAGAAGAAGAAUGCCCUAGGGCGAUACUUUGGUUCAAUGCAUACAAGUGUUUCUGAACCUGGAACUGCACUGCCUGGAACAUACUCAGCACAAGAUAAUUCCAAGGUUUAUAUUGGAGGAAGCAUUGGUGACUAUAUCAGCCUUGACGAUGGUGAAGCAGCCAGAGAAACUAUCUAUUUAGCGGAUGAGCAAGCAUCCUUCAGUGAGGGUGAUCCUUUGGACUUGCAAUUAGUUGAGCUUGAUGAGCUAAUUAAACCAAUUCGCAUAAUGACUUAAUGACAAGCUGCAGCCUAUGAUGAGUGCUCAAAUGAGAAGCAGACAGGCCUAUGCCAUAAAGACAUGCAUUCUGUUUGUUGUCACGAGGUAGAUAAUCAAUUUGAGCAAAUUUCUGUCUGGUGUUUGCAAUUGCAGGGGACGUCCCGUUGAGAUCACGGGGGCUGGUAGAAAUUGGUUUGGAUGAGGUUAUGGACGUUGGGUUUGUGCAUAGGAUCUUUUUUAAAACUUUUUGCUAUAGGAGUGUUACUUGUUUUCUUUUUCUUUCAUAGUCUUUUUAUAGGAACACAUUUUUUUACGUUAUAUUCACAUGCAGUGUAUAUAUGAACAUUGUAAGAAUUGAAAGAAGUAAAUGGAAAUUAUGCUGUAAAAGCAUUUGGUUUCGGGAA